AUGGAAGAGGAGAACUGUUUAAGAAUUUUUGGUGUUAUACCAUCUGGACGAGGUGACGGGGGUGUGGGAGGGAAGUCUAUGUUGAUAAGGCAAUGUUAUAUUUGUUUCCCUUCACAGGACACUCGGUAUGACCAGGAGAACGUGGCCCCGGGGGGCGGGGAACAACCCCAGCAGUAUGAGGACACCUACCGGAUGUCGCCCUAUCCCAAGAUUCCCCCGAUCAGCAUCACGGAGGAGGAACUGGACCGACAGCUAGCGGAGUUUGAACAAAACGGUUACGCCUCGAUGUACAAACAACAUAAGAACAAGCCGGCGGAGGAGAAGCCUUGGUACCAGGUGUACACGAUCAAGGACUACAGGAAAAUGCAGAACGAAGUUCGACUGAGUCGAGCGCCGCUAGGUCCCGACCUCGACAACGAGACCUACAAAGAAAAGAUGGAGAAGAGACAUAAACAGUUUGAGUACGCCCGGAUGGUGAUGGAGAAAAAUCGUCAAGAGCUGGACAUAAAGAAGCCACCAUCUCACCCUAGAAAGGAGGACGAGAAACCCAAUAAAAGGAAAACAGUAAGUACCCCGAGGUACACAGAACAAACGUCACCCGAGGAUGUAGGUCCGAGGCCCAAACAUAUUGUGGACAGAUCUAGUAAAAGACAAGCAGUAAGUCUAAUGAUGGAGACUAAUGAGUUCCCCGGAUGUUUAUGACGAAAAUUACUAAUGAAUUGCAUGAUU